AUGGCAGCGCAGACCAAUGGUGAUUCGCACGGCCCAACAGUGCUCGGCAUCAAUUUCGGUGGCAGCUUCAGCUCGAUAGCUCUCAUCAACAAGGAAGGUCUAGCAGACUGCAUUGCCAACGAAGAUGGCGAACGUCAGAUCGCCAAUGCCAUCUCUUUCAGCGGCGAAGAGGAGUACUAUGGCAAUCCGGCGAGAACGUAUCUCGUCAGAAACGCAGCAAACACAGUCCUUGGCUUUCGCAACAUCGUCGGCAGACCAUAUGCCGAUGUAAAGUCACUCAAGCCGAUCUCUGAUUCUGCAGCAUUGACUGACGUGUCUGGCUCGCCUGCAUGGAAUGUGCUUGCGUCGGAGAAGGAGAUCACCCUGACUGCACACGAAGCCACUGUCAAAUUCCUGCGCGUUCUCAUCGGCUCGGCGCAAGAUUUCUUGGGCCGCAAAAUAGAUUAUGUCGUCUUUGCCGAUUCGCCCGCCCUGAACGAAGGCCAACGGACAGCGAUCAGAGCGGCCGCAAGCGAAGCAGGCGUAGAGACGCUGCAAUUCAUCACCGAAGCCGCUGCCGCAGCGGUGGCGUACAAUUACACCGUACCCGUCGCGGCCGGUGCCGCCGCGACGCCCAAUUCUGCCGAGGUCUCGUCGAGCUUGCAGGAUCGCAAUGUCGUCGUUCUCGACGUAGGUGCGACGACGACGACGGCGACAGUCUUGGCUGCUCGAGAUGGUGUCUAUACCACCCUCGCUACCGUCACGGAUAACAAGCUCGGCGGCGAUCAGUUUGACGCAAAGCUCAUAGACUAUUUCUCCAAAGAGUUCACAAAGAAGACAAAGAUUGCCAUCAAAGCGAGCAACCACCGCGCUCUGACGAAGCUCAGACUGGCUUGCGAGAUCACAAAGCGCACGCUUUCGGCUAGCAACACUGCCAAUUGUAGCGUAGAGUCAUUGGCAGAAGGCGAAGAUUUCCACGGCUCGAUCAACAGACUGCGAUUCGACACGCUGGCUUCGGCGACGUAUUCCGGCAUCGUCGAUCGGGUUGCACAAGCGAUCAAGCAGGCAGACCUCGACCCAUCUCAAAUACAAGAUGUUUUGCUCGUUGGCGGUACGGCACGAUUGCCCAGUCUGGCUACCAGGCUAGGCGCGAUCUUCAGCGAAGAUGUCGGAAUCAAUGCGCAGAUUGACACGGAUGAAGUCAUUGCGAAGGGUUGCGCGCUGCAAGCUCAAGCUAUCGUCGAUGCUUUCGUCCCAUCCGAGUCUACAAAGGCAUUCGAAGAGACGCUUUCGGUCAAGGUGAUCGAGACGCCCCAGCUUGCGCAUCCUAUCGGAUUCCAAAUACCCGCCAGUUCGGAUGACGAGACGGCUGUAGAUGGGAAGCGAUUUGUCACCUUGCUAGAUGCUCACACGCCAUUGCCUGCUCGACGGAUCGUCGACUUACCCCUAGCGACAGGAUCUGGGCCGGCUCAUGUUGACAUUGCACUCUGGGAGGGCCGCCACGAGCUCAAGAAGGAACAAGUUUCUGUGGAGGCAGACGAAGAUGAUGAAGAAGAGGAAGAGCCAGAGGAGCUCACCACUGCUUUCGUUCGAGCGAAAACCCAACUGGCUCACCUGUCCGUGCCCGUCGAUGCUACACCUGUCAAGUCGGGCAAGAAGACGUCUGCGAAGAGCAAGAAUGUGGCGAGACUUAGGUUGACGGUCAUCAUCGAUGCAAGCGGCAAGGGUACAUUACAAGCCAAGCAAAAUCUAGACGACGCGCAAGCUGUCGAGACUCACUUUGGCGCAUGA